CCGGACUUGAAAGGAGCGUGUGAUAUUGGUUCAGGACAUCUCGCGUGGAGAUGAACCAGUUGCAGCUGGAAUACGUCGACAAUCUCUAGAAACAAUCGCGACGAACGCGCGACAGAGAAGCGUUUGGUGUAGUAACGUUGACUGCAGAGCUGGCGGAGAGGCCAGUCACGCGCGGCGGCGGGUUCAUCAGCGAGUGAGGCGACUAGGCGAGUGAGUCGCAGCUGCGAGAAGAAGAACACCAAACAAACCCUAAUUAGCAGAGGAAGGAAAACCCAUCCCACUCGCCAGAGACCCUCGCGUGGAAUUCCAAUCUACAGAUCGAGUGUGAGGUAGGGAGAGUGGAGGUGCGUGAGAUUAUGGGAAAGAUGAAAGGCUACAACGUAAACGUUCUUAGACUCUCAGAUUAGAGGUCUCUAAUAAUACUAUAUUAUUAUGUUAUAUACCUAAAAGCCAGCCAGUAGUGUGUUGUGAAUAUGGAUAUAGACCUUAGAUUACCUUCUGGAGAUCAUAAUAAAGAAGAAGAAGAGGAAGAAACAAAUGGUAUUGUUAACUUGCUUGAUCAUGACGGGAAAUUCAAUGGUGUUGGAUUGGAUGGAGAUAUGGACAUAGAGGAAAAGAUACAUGUUGAAGAUGGAGGAGGUGUCAACUCUCUGACAACAACUAUGGUAGAGUUUAAAGAGGAUGUAAAUCUUGAGCCACUUGCUGGUAUGGAGUUUGAAUCACAUGCAGAGGCAUAUGCCUACUAUCAAGAAUAUGCCAGGUCAAUGGGAUUUACCACUGCAAUACAAAACAGCCGUCGUUCAAAGACAUCACGAGAAUUUAUUGAUGCUAAAUUUGCAUGCACUAAAUAUGGUACCAAGCGUGAAUAUGAGAAACCUGCAAAUCAUCCACACAGUAGACAGGGUAGCAAGCAGGAUCAACAAAACGCCACUGGUCGACGGGCAUGUGCAAAGACAGAUUGCAAAGCAAGCAUGCACGUUAAGAGAAGACCUGAUGGGAAAUGGAUUAUACACAGAUUUGAAAAGGAUCAUAACCAUGAACUUUUACCUGCACAAGCCGUCAGUGAACAAACUAGGAGGAUGUAUGCUGUAAUGGCAGUACAAUUUGCCGAAUACAAAAAUGUUGUUGGUCUAAAACACGACUCCAAAAGUCCGUCUGAUAAAUCUCGCAAUCUGGCUAUGGAAGUGGGUGAUGUUAAUACCUUGCUUCAAUUUUUUAUUCAGAUGCAGAGUAUGAAUUCAAACUUCUUUUAUGCUGUAGAUGUAAGCGAUGAUCAACAUUUGAGGAAUUUUUUCUGGACCGAUGCGAAAAGUAGACAGGAUUAUGCGAAUUUCAGUGAUGUUGUCUCUUUUGACACUUCCUAUCUUAGAAACAAGUACAAGAUGCCGCUAGUGCUCUUUAUAGGGGUGAAUCAGCACUAUCAGUUCAUGUUACUUGGUUGUGCUUUGCUGUCUGAUGAUAGUCCAGCAACUUUUUAUUGGGUUAUGCAGACAUGGUUGAAGGCAAUGAGUGAUCAACCUCCCAAAAUUAUAAUCACAGACCAAGGAAAGGUCAUGAACUCGGUUGUUUCAGAAACCUUUCCAUCAACAAUCCAUUUCUUUUGCCAGUGGCAAGUAAUCGGGAAGAUCACUGAAAACCUCAGUCAUGUCAUUAAGCAGAAUGAGGAGUUCGUAACAGAAUUUGAAGAUUGCAUUUACAGGUCAUGGACAGAUGGUGAAUUUCAUAAGAGUUGGCAAAACCUUGUUGAAAAUUUCAAUCUUGGAGAGAAUGAAUUGAUACAGUCACUGUAUGAAGAUCGGAUGAAAUGGGUGCCGGCACUCAUGAGGAACAUAUUUUUAGCCGGUAUGUCUACGGGUCAUCGGUCAGAGAGCGUGAACUCUUUCUUUGACAAGUAUGUGCACAAGAAGACGACAAUCCAGGAUUUUGUUAAACAAUAUGAAUCCAUCUUACAAGAUAGGUAUGAAGAGGAAGCAAAGGCAGAUUCUGAUACGUGGAACAAACAGCCUGCUUUGAAGUCCCCAUCACCCUUUGAGAAGAAUGUGGCUGGGGUGUACACAAAUUCUGUGUUUAAAAAGUUUCAAGUUGAGGUUGUGGGGGCCGUCGCCUGUAUCCCGAAAGAACAAAAGCGAGAUGAGAAGACCGUGACUUAUAAAAUCCAGGAUUUUGAAAAGAGUCAAGAAUUCAUGGUGACCUUGAAUGAAGUGAAGUCAGAAGUGUCUUGUAUGUGCCGUUUGUUUGAGUAUAAAGGUUUCCUUUGUAGACAUUGCAUGGUUGUGCUUCAACUAGGUGGAAUUGCUAUCAUCCCUCAACAGUAUAUUUUGAAGCGAUGGACAAAAGACGCAAAGGCCCGAUACCUUAUGAUAGAUGGAGCUGAAGGUGUGCAUUCUAGGGUUCAAAGAUACAAUUUUUUAUCACAGCAAGCAAUGCGAUUGGCCGAAGAAGGAUCUUUAUCUCAAGAAAGUUUCACAUUUGCUCUUCGCUCACUUGAUGAAACGUUUGGUAAUUGUGUGAAUGUUAAUAGCGCAAAUAAGAAUCUCAUUGAUGUUGGCACUUCAUCUACUCCGGGUCUUUUAUGCAUUGAAGAAGAUAACCAAAGCAGAAGCAUCAGUAAAAUGAAUAAGAAGAAAAAUAAUCCAACCAAAAAAAGAAAGGCAAACUCUGAACCUGAUGUUAUGACUGUUGGAACCCCAGACAGUUUGCAACAAAUGGACAAGUUAACUUCUAGACCAGUAACCCUGGAUGGCUAUUUUGGUCCACAACAUGGUGUACAAAGCUUGGUACAGUUGAACUUGAUGGCACCAACUCGAGACAACUACUAUGGAAACCAACCUCCUAUACAAGGGCUAGGACAAUUAAACUCAAUUGCACCUACACAUGAUAGCUACUAUGGGACUCAACCUACUUUACAUGGGCUGGGCCAGAUGGACUUCUUCCGAACUCCAAGUUACCCAUAUGGUAUUCGGGAAGAACCGAGUGUAAGGUCUGCACAGUUGCAUGAUGAGGUGUCAAGACAUGGUUAAGGUUAUUUUCUCUUGCAGCAGAGGAGUUGCUUAACUUGCAGGCUAGGAGCGCAUCGAAGUGUUGAUCUUGAGGUGGAAAAAUGUUUAGUAAGAACACAUACAAUACAAGAAUCUCUGUAUCUUGUAAAAUAUAGAUGACAUAUAAGUAGAGAGAAAAAAAAAGCAAUAUGAUAUUUUUAAAGGCUGCUCCAGGAUUGUCUUUGUGUGGCCAUUCAAGAUGAUAUAAUAGCACCUAUUGUUUAAUUUAUCAUCAUUUCUCUGUAUUUCCUACCCUGGGUGGCUGGGUAUGAGAAAUUGAGAAUAGCCAUCCACUCCCCACUGGCUCCAGCAUCAAGAAGAAGAGAAGGAAAAGGAGACAUUAGGAUUUAGGAGCAGGGUUAAGUGAUCAUUGAGUUGUAUGUCAUAAGUUGUAACCGCUUCUCUAAUUUUGUAUGAAUGUAGAUAAGAACAUAUGUUUGUACAAGGUUGUACAAAGUAAUUAACAUUUCAUCUUGCACGGAGAAACACUUCAAUGUGCUUUUGUUUCGUUGUCUUUGGUUUAUUGAUUUGCCAGAAAUAUAAUGAAUCAGU